AUGCGUGUCACUGUGAUCAUCAGUCUGACUUUAAAUCUUUGUUUUGUUUUCACAGGGUUGGCCGCCUAUUUCUUUCAACAGCCUAUGGAUCAAGUGAUUGUGUCCGGUCAGUCGGUGACAUUAGCAUGUGUGAUCAUGGGCUACCGUGGCAUGGUUCAAUGGACCAAAGAUGGACUAGCCUUAGGGGGAGAGAGAGACUUACCCGGUUGGUCCCGCUACUCUAUUGUAGGAGAUGCGUCUGCCGGUCAACACAACUUACGCAUCGACUAUGCUGAACUAGACGACGAUGCUGUUUACGAGUGCCAAGCCACACAAGCGGCCCUGCGCUCCCAGCGAGCCAAACUUACUGUACUUAUCCCCCCCAAUGACCCUGAGAUUCACAGCGGUCCCAUUGUCCAUGUCAUCUCCAACAUCCCUUACAACCUUUCCUGCCGCGCAGCUGGAGCCAAGCCAGCAGCUGAAAUCACCUGGUAUCGUGAUGGGCAGCGACAAGAGUCAACUGUUUACUCCAAGUCCCUGAUGGAUGAUGGCAAGCGGGAAGUGGCUGUCAGCACCUUCCUCUUAAUUCCAAGCAGCCGAGACAUGAGCAGCACCUUCACCUGUCGUGUCAGCAACCCGGCAGCCCCGGCUGGCAAACAGACUUCGGUCACCCUUAAUGUUCAGUAUCCACCCGUCGUGAUCCUGGCAGUCCAGCCACAAACUGUGCCUGAGGGUGGCAAAGUGGGUUUCCUCUGCACCGCAACGUCCAAUCCUGAAGUGACAGGUUACCGGUGGGCUAAAGGAGGUGUCCCCAUCCCAGAGGCCAACGGUGACAGCUACGAAGCCACAGUUGACCAGUCUUUCUUCACAGAGCCUGUGUCCUGCGAAGUGUCCAAUGCUGUGGGCAGCACCAAUGUUAGCACUCUGGUGGACGUCCAUUUUGGGCCUCACCUUGUCUCCCAGCCCAAGCCCCUGACAGUGGACAUCGGCUCAGAUGCCUCUUUUACCUGCACCUGGACAGGCAACCCACCUCUUACCUUGGCCUGGACAAAGAAAGGAUCCACUGUGGUGCUGAGUAACGGCAACACACUGCAUCUCAAGGCAGUGACCCAAGAGGACGCCGGGGUGUACGUGUGCAAAGCCAUCGUGCCGCGCAUUGGAGUGGCCGAGAAAGAAGUGACCCUGGCUGUGAAUGGUCCACCCAUUAUCAGCGCUGAAUCGAGCCAGCAGACAGCAGUGGGGGCUAAGGCCCGUCUGGAAUGCUUGGUGGAAAGCGUGCCGCGGCCGGACAGGAUCGCCUGGGUGUGGGGCGAACGGAUUCUGGAUACAGGCUCCCUGGAUCGCUUCACGGUGGACACCGUAGUGACUGAGCAAGGGAUGCUCUCAGCUCUGCUGAUCGACCCAACUCACGACGAUGACUUCGCGCUUCCCUACAACUGCACGGCCUGGAACCGCUUUGGGGCGCGCUCCGUGGCAGUCAGCUUACGCCGCCAAGAGGUCCUGUCGGUCCUGAUGCUGGGGGCUUUGGCUGCCUCGGGCGUCGUGGCUCUCUUGCUCUUGGUGGUCUUUGUCUCCCUCUGCUAUCGACGCAAACGCUGCGGAAAAGCCAAGCGGGGAACGCAGCUGUCUAAGGCCGAUAUCCUCGUGCAGAUCACCACAAGCGAGAGCAGCCCCAGCAGGCCCAGCGAGGUGGAAGAUGACGCCAAGGAACCCAUGGCUACAAGCAGCGAGUCUCCAGCCACGUCGCACACUGAACACAGUGAAAUCCUGGAGGAUGACGAAGGGAGUCAGGAGCUAAAGGUGAGCUCGGCAGCCAACCAAGCAGUGAGUCCACCUCUAACCUCAUGGCCAUCUUUUUCUCCGCAGGACCCCACCAAUGGCUACUACAAGGUGCGUGCCCACGAGGAGCCCUGCUUGGGGAGCAGCUUUUCAGAAUACACGCCGGCCCCCCGACCUUUGUUCGGGCCGACGUCCUUGUACCCCUCCGCGGGGCCGGUGCAACCCAAACUCUUUGACUACACCCACCGCUACACCUUGGGCACUCCCAGUUCCCGCUCAGCCUACGACACCACCCAGGAGCGGCUUUUCCCUCCAGAGAACAUAUACAGUGGUGCGACUUACCUCACAGCUCCCUACAGCCGGGCUUUCACCAGCUACGUCAAGCCGAGUAGCUAUGAGAAAGCCGAGAGCGGUUAUGAGCAGUCCGACCAAGCCAGCAAAGCUUCGGGCUGCUCCCGUUUCUCCUACACUUCCUUGUCUCAGCAGUCUGACUACGGGCGCCCUGCUCAACAGCGCAUGCAGACCCACGUAUGA